UGUUAAUUAAAAGUUAAAACGACGACUUUGACCAAUCACUCUACUAAAAUCUACACGUUCUAGAUCUCUAUCAUUUUCCCCCUUUUUCAAGCCCCUUGGCUCUCUGCAAACCCUAACCGAUCUUCAUCACUCUCUCACUUUUCCCCUUGGAACCUAACUCUCUGCAACGAUUCGCCAUGGAAUUCGGCCUCGCUAGAAAACGAGGGAGGCCAGCUGGCUUGAAUGGCAACGGUGGAUUCAAGAAAUCCAAACAAGACACGGAGUCGUUUCAAUCUGGUUUAGGAAGCAAAUCGAAGCCAUGCACAAAGUUUUUCAGCACAUCUGGAUGCCCAUUUGGCGAAGGGUGUCAUUUCUUGCACUAUGUUCCCGGAGGUCUAAAAGCUGUCAACCAAAUGACUGGCGGCAACCACCCUGCGCUACCACCAACCGCCAGACCACCUGUCCUCCCGCCAUCUUUCCCGGACGGGUCAUCUCCGCCAGCUGUCAAGAGCCGCCUCUGCAACAAGUUCAACACCGCAGAAGGCUGUCGAUUUGGUGACAAGUGUCAUUUCGCCCAUGGUGAAUGGGAACUCGGGAAGCCAACCGCCCCAUCUCACCAUGAAGACCCACGCACCAUGGCCGCUAGAUUUGGCGGCGGUGGGCGGAAUGAUUUUAAUCCGGCGGCAAACAACACUGCCGCCGCCAGUUUUGGCGCCUCUGCAACCGCCAAAAUCAGUGUCAACGCGUCACUAGCGGGAGCUAUUAUCGGGAAAAGCGGAGUCAACUCUAAGCAAAUUAGUCGGUUGACUGGAGCUAAAUUGUCAAUAAGAGAUCAUGAAUCGGAUCCGAAUUUGAGAAAUAUUGAAUUGGAAGGUACUUUUGAUCAGAUUAAACAUGCGAGUCAAAUGGUGCGUGAGUUGAUUGUGAAUAUAAGUUCGGCUUCUGGACCACUGCCGCCACAGAAGAGCUUUGGAAAGGCGGGUGGUGGUGGUGGUGGUGGUGGUCCGGCGGGGAACUUUAAGACGAAGCUUUGUGAGAAUUUUGCUAAAGGGACUUGUACUUUUGGUGAGAGGUGUCAUUUUGCUCAUGGGGCUGAAGAGUUGCGUAGUUCUGGAGCUUGA